AUGACGUCUAAGCCUUACUCGGUUGCCAGGGUGUACGCGGACGCGUGCGAGAUCCGUCCGCGCGAGUACUGGGACUACGAAAACUACAAGAUAGAAUGGGGCAACAUUGCUAACUACGAGAUCGUGUCCAAGAUCGGAAGAGGCAAAUACUCAGAGGUGUUCACCGGGGUGAACGUUUUGAACAACCAGCCAUGUGUGAUCAAGGUUUUGAAGCCGGUGAAGUUGAAAAAGAUCCAUAGAGAAAUCAAGAUUCUCAAGAACCUGACGGGAGGCCCCAACAUCAUUCGCCUGUACGACCUGAUCCAGGACCAGAACUCCAAGAUCCCGGCGUUGAUUUUCGAGAAGAUCAACAACGUGGACUUCCGGGUGCUGUAUCCGAAAUUCAGUCUUGACGACAUCCGAUUCUACUUCACCCAGCUCUUACGGGCUUUGGACUACUCGCAUUCGAUGGGGAUCAUCCACAGAGACGUGAAACCGCAAAAUGUCAUGAUCGACCCGCUCACAAAGACGCUGAAACUGAUCGACUGGGGUCUGGCCGAGUUCUACCACCGUGGAAUGGACUUCAACGUGCGGGUGGCUUCCAGAUACCACAAGGGUCCGGAAUUGCUAAUAAACCUGCAACAGUACGACUACUCCUUGGACCUGUGGUCGGUGGGGGCCAUGAUUGCUGCCAUUGUGUUCAAAAAAGAGCCGUUUUUCAAAGGAGACUCCAACACCGACCAGCUCGUCAAGAUCGCCAAAGUGUUGGGUACCGACGAUCUUCACAGAUAUUGCGACAAAUAUGGAAUCAUUCUCUCGAGCGAUUACGACGAAAUCCUGCCCAACUGUCCUAGAAAGCCAUGGAGACACUUUAUUAAUGAGAACAACAGACAUUUGAGUGAGAACCCGGCCGUGAUCGACUUGAUCGACCAUUUGGUUCGGUAUGAUCAUCAAGAGAGACUCACUGCCAAGGAGACCAUGGCUCAUCCUUUCUUCCAAGGUUCAUGA